AUGGGCAAUUCGUCGGAAACGAUGGCACUGAUCAAGUUGAGGAUCUUUGACGUCCAUAGCAAACCUGUGGUGGUGUCGAGGACUAUGAAGAACACGCAGAAACUGAAAAGCAUGGAGUUCAAGACUAUCGACCAGACUAUUACUUAUGAAAAAAACACGAUUAGCAACAGAUGUAUUGACACUGAUGAGCAAAUGUGCAACUUCAUUGGAGUUUCAAAGCCAAUUCUCAACUAUGUCAUAUUUUGCCACCAAGAACAAUCGUGCUGGCCAAUGGAAGAAGGCAAAACAGUUAAGGAGCGGUUCGAUCAGAUAUUCGACGCUGAUAAUACAACAAAUGUUUGGAAAAGAUACGGAAAAUGA